AUGGAGAGCUUUAACGAUGUGCCGCGCCCCAGAGAGCUUGGUGAAGAGAGUGCUGCGCUGCCGGAUGAGUUUCCCUCAAGAGCUCCCUCGAUAGCUGGAAAAAGCACAGCAAGUUUCACAUCUGACCUAAGCUCGACCAUAACGGAGGGAUCCCUUGCCUCUGGUGGGACUUUCCGACUCGAAGAGCAAGCUGAUUCUGUGCAGCGCAAAGUUUCUGACCAAGAAGAUGUCUUCAAGCUUCCCCGUACGGCCUCUCCUUUCCCUCCGAUGCCCUUCAGUCCACCUCCAGGAGCAGAGAUCAGUGAAGAAGGACACGAUGAGGAAGACGAGGAACCUCAUGUGGCGACCUCCUUUGAGCGAGACUCUUCGCCAACCUUCGCACAGAAGCAUCGGUCGGCGUUCUUCGACCUCGGCGAAGAGAGCAUCAACCGUGUGCACAAAAUCUCGUUAUACGAAACGGCAACUCGAUUCUACAUGGUGGGCAUGGACCUUUCAGACACUCGAUUUCGAAUCCUCAAGAUGGAUCGCACCUCGGAAACAGAUGAUUUGAAUAUUGCGGAGGAUGAUAUUGUAUACACAAAGAGGGAGAUGAGUCAGUUGCUCGAUGCGAUUGACGACGGCAAUAAAAGCACUGGUGGCUUGAAACUCCGAUGCAGUGCAUGGGCUCUGCUCGGGUUUAUUCGUUUCACUGAUGCAUAUUAUAUGCUUUUGGUGACCAAAAGAGCCCAGGUAGCAAUGCUAGGAGGCCAUUAUAUCUACAAGAUUGAUGGAACGGAGCUCAUCUCGUUGACCGCCUCGAACUCCUCCCGGCUCAAACCAGAGAAGAACCCCGAAGAAGCGAGAUACAUUGCUAUAUUGAACAAUCUGGACCUGAGUCGAUCGUUCUACUUCAGCUACUCAUAUGAUGUUACACGUACCUUGCAGGACAACAUAUGCCGCGAGCGCAAACUUCAUCAAGAUGGGUACUCGCAAGGGUUCCAUCAAGAUUACAAUACGAUGUUUAUAUGGAACCACCAUCUUCUGAGCCCUGCUAUUGCUGCUUUGAAAAAUCCCUAUCAGUGGUGUCUUCCCAUCAUCCACGGCUAUGUCGAUCAGGCAAAGAUAGAUGUAUAUGGGCGAAUGGCCUAUCUUACAAUCAUUGCCCGUCGAUCUCGCUUCUUCGCUGGAGCUCGCUUUCUGAAGCGAGGGGCGAACGAUCUCGGCUAUGUGGCCAAUGAUGUUGAGACAGAGCAGGUUGUGGCAGACAUGGCUGAGACGUCCUUCCAUGCUCCUGGCCCUGGUCUUUAUGCGAAUCCCUUAUAUACUUCAUAUGUUCAACACCGCGGGAGCAUUCCUCUUUACUGGACGCAGGAUAACUCUGGAGUAUCUCCUAAACCGGAUAUUGAGCUGAAUCUUGUUGAUCCAUUCUACUCUGCUGCAGCACUGCAUUUUGACAACUUAUUCGAGCGUUACGGUGCCCCAAUCUACGCUUUGAAUCUAAUUAAGUCGAGAGAGCGGACCCCGCGAGAAUCGAAACUACUCAAGGAAUACACCAAUGCCAUCAAUUAUCUGAAUCAGUUUCUUCCCGAGAAUAAGAAAAUCAUCUAUAAACCGUGGGAUAUGAGCCGUGCGGCCAAGAGCCGUGAUCAAGAUGUGGUUGGAACACUUGAGGAGAUAGCGGGUGAAAUCAUUCCGAAGACGGGCUUCUUCAAGAAUGGUAUAGAUGCAGAUUCGGGCUUGCAACUACAGAAUGGGAUUGCGAGGACGAAUUGCAUUGACUGCCUUGACCGUACAAAUGCCGCUCAAUUUGUCAUCGCCAAACGGGCACUCGGACAUCAGCUUCAUGCGCUUGGGUUUAUUGAUGGUACCACGCUGGAGUACGACUGCGAUGCUGUGAACCUGUUCUCCGCCAUGUGGCACGAUCAUGGUGAUAUGAUCGCAAUCCAGUAUGGCGGCUCACACCUCGUCAACACAAUGGCCACGUAUCGCAAGAUCAAUCAAUGGACUAGUCACUCUCGAGACAUGGUGGAGAGUUUCAAGAGAUAUUACAACAAUUCCUUUCUUGAUGCUCAACGUCAAGAGGCUUACAACUUGUUUCUUGGUAACUACAUUUUUGCUCAGGGCCAACCAAUGCUGUGGGACCUAUCCACCGAUUACUACUUGCAUCAUGCCAGCCCCAAAUCUUGGGCAGAGAAAAGACGGCCAAGCUAUAUCCACUGGUACACACCAGAGAAUUUGAAAGAACGGGAACUUCCACCACCCCCAACAAAGCCCAAGGAGCCUUUGACGCGUUUCGAUGAUUACUGGCUAGAAUACUACCGGCCCUUGGCUAUCUCUACUCUACCCAAGAUAUUUUCGUUUAAAAUGAAGUCAACCUCCCACUUCACUCCGCAUCUCAGCCCAUUCGAUGUUCGCUUCCACCACGAGCAGCCAAAUCGGGACAGACAUCCGCAGCGAAGCGUUAGAAUACGGGAACCAGGAAACAACGUGACCGAGCAUUCAACACGCUCACCGCUGCAGGGUGCAUCGCCGGCGCACAAGUCAACACGAAAUUGGUUACAGCAGUCGGAUUCUAGGCAACCAUCUCCGAAAUACAUAAAAGACUCCUUGUACGAGCUUUCUAUAUCAGGCAGCCAGAUCCCAUCCAUGCAGUCGUCCACGGAACCUACUACUCCCAGCAAAGCACAAAUCACCCAGUGGACUCUUGAUCAACUGGUGUCCGGCUCGCUAAAUCCCUCAGUCACGGUAGCAGAGGCUGAGGAAUACGAGCGAUACAUCAACCACCCUCUUAAGGUCCCUCUCGUCGUGACUUCGGAAGACGAAAUCACAGCCGCUUCAGCCCAGGAUGAGUCGAACUUGGACCUAAUAGAAUACGCGAACAAGUGCAACGUCGAGGAGGUUACUCUCGGGGCGAACGCCGAGGAAAAUCUAGCGGACUAUGCUGAGUUCCUCAAUGUAUCUGAAGAAGGACUCACGGUCGUGACAGAGGAUUAUGAGAAGAAGCGCUAUAAGCGGUAUCGUCAAUGGCUCAGAGGGAAAAGUCUCUUCAAACAGCGGGUCGAUAUAUAG